AUGCAAGACGACCUUUCUGAAAUGAGGAAAGAGAACCAACCUGUCUCGAUUAAGAGAGGAUGGAAGUUCUACGGAACAUUUGGGACCUUGGCACUCCUUAAUUUUAUAUGUGCUAUUGAUGCCACUAUUCUCUCAGUAGCAUUACCUACAAUAGCUACAGAUCUGAAAGGCAGCACUGCUAUUCAGGCUUUCUGGGUUGGGAAUUCAUUCCUAUUGUGCUCGACAGUCUUUCAACCUUCAUGGGCAUCCUUCUCACACAUUAGCGGUCGAAAGUCAGUCCUCAUGGCGGCCUUGGUACUCUUCACAGUGGGCACUAUCAUCGCAUCAGUUGCUGAUACUGUUGCGCUACUACUUGUGGGGAGAUGUGUGCAAGGUGUCGGAGGCGGGGGCCUCGUCGCCCUCACCUAUGUUAUUAUUACCGAUUUGGUUACCCUGCGCGAGCGAGGUAAAUACAUGUCUAUAAUUUCACUUCAGUGGGCGAUUGGAUCCGUUAUCGGUCCAGUCAUUGGUGGCGUUUUCGCGGAGAGAGCUACCUGGCGAUGGAUUUUCUGGCUUAACAUUCCAUUCUGUGUGAUUGCUGCUAUAGGAAUCCCCAUUUGUCUCAGGCUACAUAUCAAGGAGGGCUCGGUCUGGAAGAAACUUCGCGCCUUCGACUGGUUUGGAUCCUUCCUCUUCGUGGCUGCGACGACAAGUUGUCUCAUCCCAGUAACAUGGGGCGGGAUAAUGUACGACUGGUCCUCAUGGCAGACCCUUGUACCACUCAUACUCGGCGUCUUUGGCCUCAUUGGAUUCACCAUUUACUCCGUCAAUAGAUCCACCGAGCCACUCAUACGCCGUACCCUUUUCAACAACUCCACCGCAAUCGUUGCCUACAUCGGCACAUUAGUUCAAGGCCUGUUAGUCUGGUCGCUGCUCUACUACAUGCCCCUCUACUUUGAGGUUGCGAAGAACUACUCGCCUGUCACCUCUGGCGUUGCUAUCUUCCCCUUCACCUUCAUAGUCGCACCCGCCGCUGUCGUCGUUGGCCUCAUAAUCACCGAGACUGGUCGCUACAGGCCCUCACUCUGGAUCGGAUGGUUUCUUACAACCUUAGGCAUGGCUCUCCUCAUCUCUCUCCGUCAAUCAACCAAUAUACCUUCUUGGGUAUUUCUCUCCCUCGUCGGUGGGAUAGGUCUCGGCAUGCUUUUCAGUGCUCAGGGCUUCGCUGCGCAAGCCUCCGCCUCCAACGAUGAUCUCCCUUUCGCUGGCGCUAUGUACAGUUUCUUCCGGGCCUUUGGGCAAACUCUCGGCGUUGCCAUCUCGGGCGUCAUUUUCCAGAAUGCUUUUAAGAAGAACAUCCUGGCCACCGCAUAUUCUGCUUUUGCAGAUGACUGGUCACGAGAUGCGAGUUCAUUAGUGCAAAUUGUAAGAGCGUGGAGUAAUAUUGGGGAGGAAGGGGUUAUGAAGGAGGUGGUGGUUCUGGCUUAUGUUAAGAGCUUACGGACAGUGUGGUGUGUUAUGUGCGCGUUGGCCGGUGGAGCAUCUAUUGCAAGCUUAGUGUGGACAAGGGAGAUUAGCUUGGAGAGGGAGUUGGAGACAGAACAAGGGUUUAGAUAUGACAUGGACGAAUGUAGAUGA